AUGUCCGCCGGCUGCCGCCACCCCUUCACCGCUUCGCCGCCGCCCUCUUGCUCUCCUUUGCACCUUCGCACCUUCGCGCCCGCUCUCGACGAACCCCGCUCGCCGCCGUCGCCCACUAAGCAGCAACUGCGUGCGCAGCUCGAGCUCUUGCAAAACCACGACACCUCCGCCUCGUCCGCCGCGACCGCCGCCGCCGCCGGCGCACCCGACUCGAGUGCUGCCGCCUCUCGAUCUCCCUUGUCGCGUCCAGCGAAUGGAUACGAGGACCUCGCCGCCGCUUCACACGACGCCGCUCGCGCCCUAGCUGCCAAGUCCGAAGCCGAGGCGCACAUCCACCCCGACCUCCGAGGUCUCUCGAGCCAACGCGCACCGACCCCGAGCAUGUUAACCAUGGCCGCCCCCGCAGGACACAGCGCCGGUGCGACGGCAGGGCCAGCGCCGGUGGCACCCAUCGCCGUCGCCCCUCAGCCCUUGUCCCCGGACCAAGACUCUGCCGAGGGCCGCAAGGCGAAGCGGGAGCUGUCCCAGUCGAAGCGCGCCGCCCAGAACAGAGCAGCACAGCGCGCCUUCCGUCAACGUAAGGAGGGCUACAUCAAGAAGCUCGAGCUCCAGGUGCGCGAGUAUGGCGAGAUGGAGCAGACCUUCAAGCUCACACAGUCGGAAAACUACGUCCUCCGCGAGUACGUCGUUCAUCUGCAGUCACGAUUGCUCGACGUCCAGGGCGAGUACCCCCCGCCCCCGCCCAACAUCAACCUGGCGCAACCGCAACCCGCGGCCGCCCAGCCUUCGGCCGGCGCAACCCCGGAACAGGCCACCUCCCAGCCCUCCGCCGAGGCCCCCCUCGAGGCCGUCGCCCAGGCCGUCGCCGGACUUGCCGCCCAGGAACAGCUGGAGAAUGAGAGGAAGCUGGCCUAUGCCAACAGCCGAGCCGACGAGGACAUGCGGUCGGCCGAAGAGAUCAACAGGCAGCUCGAGUCGGCGGCCGACGGGCUCCCGCGGGUGUAG